AUGAACUUACCCCAAAACGCCCAACUUCAAACAGUCAAAAGCACAACUCCUCAAUAUAUACGAUCUCAUUCUCUCAAGUCCUCUGCUGCAUCGAAUGAAUACUUCUCUGACUAUGCGACCGACGCAACCAGUCAAAAAUCGGACGACUCCAAGGCAAGCUAUGAGACGCCGCCAUCUAGAGUCUCGACUCCAAUCUUACAACAGAACCAUCCGGAUUCAGAGAUGACGCUCCCCUCCAGACCCAGCGCGAUCCAGCCCGCACCCUUAAAUAUCAGACACGAGACGUCAAAUGGGCGUUCCACCGUGCGAAUGCUCUCGAGCUUUGACGAGAUGAGCCCCCCCACUCCUGGGGUCGACGACACACCCUUUAUAAGAUUCGCAAUUGAACAGUUGACAAGAGAUGAGGAUGUCAUGGGACGAGGAAGGCAUAGUACCGCAUCGCCUUAUCAACAGUCUGUUUCACCUAUCCUGCCUCGAGCAGAGUCGGUGUCCGAUAGUCCUCGAAGCUCCGCCUCAUCUACGCCGCCGUCUCCUCCCAAACAACAAUCAUCCCCUCAGCCUGGGUUUCAGGUCACACGAAAACCAUUAGCACAGGAAGUGUUGAUUCCUGUUGAUCUUUCCAAAGACCUCAGAUCUGAGCUCGGGUUUGUCCCGUUUCCUUUGCGAUUUCCAGUCCUAGCGCUUUAUUUGUGCUUAUGCCUGCUGAUGAUUGCGGGCCUGGUAUUCAGCCUGGUGUUUAUUUCGAGCAACCAUGCGCUCUUUGACUACGACGGAAACGCCACACCUCGAUAUUUUGUUUUUCAGUACCUUCCUCAACUCCUCGGGAUCAUAAUGAUAUUGUGGCUCUUCGUCAUCGAGGCUGCAGCGUACAGAAGUUUGCCCUUUUUCUGCAUGGCGUCAGCUGCUCGAAGCCCUUGGGUACUGCAGAAGAUGCGCAUGCUUCCGGCCAACUACGUUUUGCCUGAUCUGAUCUUUUUCCGCACAGGGGAGAAAAUGCUGGGAGUGGCAUUUUUUAUCUUUUGGGCGACGAAUUUUACAGUUCCUCUUCUUAGCUGUGCUUACCAAACACAAUGGAUCACGAACGAUGGUCCAGCUCGGUUUCGUUGGACAGCUGUAAGAGGCGUGGGCUGGACGUUGGUUGCGUUAUAUGGUUUGCUCUGUGUGGCCAUUUUGUACUGCAUGGUACGCUUCCACCGACGCAAAUCCAGUCUGCUCUGGGACCCUACCUCGCUUGCAGAUCUGAUUUGCCUCUUUCGUCAUUCGAAUAUACUUUCCGAUUUCGAACAGACUGAGGUUUCUCCACGGCCAAGCAAUCAAUUACCGCCUCGAGCGUGUCGCCUAGGUUUCUGGACCACUUCGACAACUCCAGAUGUUUUCCAUGCUGUUGGUGAGGAGUAUGCUCCAAUCAAGCGGCUCUCGCUACCGCAACUAAAGCAGACGGAGAAGACUUCGAACAAUCUAGGUCCCCAACAUGAUGCGGUCGAUAUCGAGGCUCAGCAGCGACUUUCUUAUGGUUCAGCCUUCUCUCGGAGCAUUCACUCUCCGUUUGUCCGUUACCGCUGGACAAUAUGGUUCUUGCGAGACUCUGCCGUUUUAGCAUGGAUUAUUGCCUCACUCAUACUUGUGAUCGCUUUUCUGGUUGUCAGCUUCGUCAACCGAGCGGUCCAGGACGGCUUCGAUCCACUGCUGCCUUCCCGGACGGUCUCUGGAGGGUUUUCUGCUGCCGACUUUUUGUACAGCUUCCUCCCUUCGCUUCUGGGAAUGUUCCUCUUUUUGGCCUGGCAACCCAUCGCCACAUAUUUUCGAGCUGUUCAGCCAUUUUGUAACCUCUCCCAACCCACAGGGGCGGACGCGCGACAUUCACUCUUGCUGGCAUAUCCUGCCCAGGACGCUAUUACGGUCAUUUUCACUGCCUUGGGCAACAGAGACUACAAGGUCGCUUACAUGUGCUUCAUCUCUCUACUCGCUUUGUCGAUACCGGUCCUGGCGGGAGGGGUAUUCACUGCUCAGUUCUUCCCGGCACAAGCACGGGUCAGAAUGGUUGCGAGCAUGCCUGGGUACAUCGCAUUGAGUGUACUUGUUACCGUCUAUGCACUCUCUUACCUGGUUGUUUGGCCUACGAGAAAACGAUAUCUACCUCAUAAUAUCACUACGAUCGCUGCAAUGAUGAGCUGGCUGUACGCUAGUCCCUUACUUGCCGACAGCGCGCUGCAGAAUGUGCGGACCAAGAAAGAACUGCGUGAACGACUGACAGGAUCGUCAGCUUCCACAGUCUUGACCGGUGACCGUUCUGGCGGCGAUUUGCAGGAUUUGCAGAACUUGGACAGGCGCUCCAUGCGUGAUACUCGUUCUCAACAUGCACCACGUUUCGCGUUCGGCAUUUUCACGGGUAGAGACGGCAAGGAGCACCUUGGCAUUGAUCGAUUACAAAGACCAGGCAGCCGGGAGAUGCUGGUCGUAUCUACUGCUGAUUGA